UUCACUCUACUGUAUUCCUCCUUUGAUUUCUUUUGUCCUUUUUCUGGGUCUCAAAACCUCCAUACUUUCUUCUGCAAUCACUAAUCCUUCUUCCCUAUACACAAUUUCUAGGGUUUUCAAUUUUCACAAUUAUUUACCGCUCGCUUCUAUUUCGUCUCCGAUUUGUUGUAUACAUUAUAUCUCAGGAGAGCUGCAUUUCUUGCUUUCUCCGGCAAGUACUAUUGCUGCGACGGCAAUGGCAUUUUGAGUAAAUAAACUAUGAAACCAAGGGUAAUCUUGGAACAAUUGUCAUUAUUCAAUGGGAGUUGCCAAGGCCUGGAGGUUUAGCUUAAUCUCCCCAUUGCAUCCGCAGCAAAACGGUACUCACACCCCUAAAAGAGGCGGCACCGGCGGAGGAGGAAAGCACUACCACCACCAUUAUCAUAAUAAUGAUAAUAUUAGUAAUAAUUAUAAUGAGUGGUGGAGCAGGUGGAGAUCCUCUGUGACGCAACACCAGCAACAGCCGCAGCAACGGAAGAGGAUCCAAUGGUCGUUAGUGUGCGGAAUAAUGCUGUUCGUUUUAGGUUUGAUUUCUCUGUUUACUGGACACGUAGCGUCUGAUCUUGAAUGGUACUCUCAGAGACUGGUUAAGCAAAGCUUAAGCAGAUUGCAGGAUGGGAGUAGGCGAGAACAAAUUGAUAUUUGGAAAUCAAAAUACUCGAAAUUUUACAAUGGAUGCAGCGAAAGGGGACGAAAUUUCGCUCCUGCCAUUCGUGAGAAGUCUUCAAAUGGAUAUUUGCUUAUUGCAACAAGUGGAGGGCUGAACCAACAAAGAACUGGAAUAACCGAUGCUGUAGUUGUUGCACGAAUUCUCAAUGCUACCUUAGUUGUACCGGAGUUGGAUCGUCAUUCCUAUUGGAAAGAUGAUAGUGACUUUGUCAGCAUUUUUGAUGUUGAGUGGUUCAUUUCCUCUCUUGCAAAAGAUGUGACUAUUGUGAAAAGAGUUCCUGAUAAAGUCAUGCGAUCAAUGGAAAAACCUCCAUAUACCAUGCGUGUCCCAAGAAAAUCACCUUCUGAGUACUAUCUGGAUCAAGUUCUGCCUGUACUACUGAGAAGACAUGUUGUUCAAUUAACAAAGUUUGACUAUAGGCUUGCAAAUAACCUUGAUGACGAGGAGCUACAAAAGCUGCGCUGCCGUGUUAAUUAUCAUGCUUUAAAAUUUGCAAACCCAAUACAAGAUAUUGGUCAGAGACUAGUAAUGAAAAUGAGAAUGAUGGCAAAUCGUUUUAUUGCAGUGCAUCUGAGGUUUGAACCUGACAUGCUUGCAUUUUCUGGAUGCUACUAUGGGGGCGGUGAAAAGGAGAGAGUUGAGCUUAGUGAAAUAAGAAAGAGAUGGGAAACAUUACCCGAAACAAGUGCAGACGAAGAGCGAGCAAGAGGGAAAUGUCCUCUUACUCCUCGUGAAGUGGGUUUGAUGUUGCGUGCCCUUGGAUAUGCUAAUGACACAUACAUCUAUGUUGCAUCUGGAGAAAUAUAUGGUGGAGAAGAGACUCUGAGGCCUCUUAGAGAACUCUUUCCAAACUUCUAUACUAAGGAGAUGCUUGCUAAUGAAGAGCUCAAGCCUUUUCUUCCUUUCUCGUCUCGCCUGGCAGCCAUUGACUACAUUGUCUGUGAUGAAAGUGAUGUCUUUGUCACGAACAAUAAUGGAAACAUGGCCAAAAUUCUUGCAGGUCGAAGGCGGUAUGCAGGGCAUAAGAGGACCAUCAGACCAAAUGCGAAGAGACUCAGUAAAUUGCUUAUGGCAAGGGAUAAGAUGGACUGGGAUACAUUUGCUAAAAAAGUUAAAGCAUGCCAGAGAGGAUUUAUGGGCGAGCCAGACGAGAUGAGACCUGGACGAGGCGAGUUUCAUGAAUAUCCAUCUUCUUGCAUCUGUGAAAGAACAUCCAGUAGGGACGAAAGCGGCAAGGAUGAAAAUCACGUGUUAGACCAAGUUCCUGCGAACGCCAAAUCUAAUGUCCCCUUGAAGUACAUCAAGGAGAGACAAGGUGAUAAAAGCCUUCAAACCUCUCCGAAGAGAAGCAUAGGAGAAGAAUUAUCGUCUCUAACAGAUACUGAAGAUGACGAAAGAUUUUCAGACUAAUUGCGCAACAGAAGUAGGCCAUUUCAAAUCUUCAACUAGCCAACUUUUUAAUGCUGGCAUGAAAUUAUACUAGCCAGCAGUGCAACUGAAGCCUUCUUAAAUGUUGUAGCUGGGUUCAGUUCAGUUUCUCUGGUUGCAUCAGUGAAAACAAUUGAAUUCGUGUACAGAACGAUCUUUGAUCUGUUGCAAGUGUUGAUAAAUAGUUUAGUUACUUGUUUUAGGUAUGCGUGAAGUUGAAACACUUGGACCUCUUAUAUAUUAACUUAAAUAUUAAUGUAUCUCCUGAACUUGAUGAGCAAUUAACACUGAAAUUAUUUCUUUAUUAA